AUGAUUCUGUCGACGCAGAACCAGGACUUGAUUAAACCGGCGUCUCGGUUGAUCGAUAUUCUGAAAGAACUUCCACUCUCCCCAGGCACGGAAGGGCGUGCGCUCGCUGCAUUGGCAACAGUAGACCCUUCCGCGCUGUUGAACGUUCUUCUCAACAAGACCGACUGGGUCUAUCUCCCAGGCCAAUUCCUUUUUGGUACAGUGGCUGGCUCGCCUGCGCGUCUGUUGGAGAAUUGCGGCAUUGUACUGGACAUGCUCGCUCUGGCGCCGAAUGCUUUGCACAGGCUACGCAUGCCCAACUCGAAGAGAUCGCUCGGAGUUGUGAUUAGUCGCAUCUUCAUGGCUAUAUGUAGGAAGUCCAUCGUUGCGUCAUUGUGCCCCUUGCCUGAUGCAGGCGCGGGGAUUUGGAUUGCCUUCCUUGGGGCUGUCUAUCCUGCGCAAGGCGUCCCGACCUCUUGCAUCAUCGCCGGCCUGGAAUGUGGUCUCCUAGCCUUGCUCGGACGCGUCGCUACGGCCCUUCGCUGCGUGACAUUCUCUUCCAGGAGCAUGAAGAUCUUCGAAGACCUUGCUCUCCGCGUGUUACAACCGGCUCUGGUGUGGCCUGCUGUUAUUCGUGCAUUCCAUCAGGCCAACAUUCGCGAUGCUGUCCUCAUUGACAAUGCCACCAGCGUCAAGUGGCAGCCCCUCGUCCAACUACUCUGGAACUUCUCCGAGGCGCGAAAAAUCAAGAAACGCCUCAACAGAGAAAUUUCUCAUGCAAAAUGCGCCCACCACCAGGCAAUGUACCCGCUGGCCUUCUACUGCUCGCGUGACUGUCAGAAGGCUGACUGGCGGGCGGGCCACAAAUUGGUCUGCGCUUAUAAGGACCUGCACGAGCCCAUGUUGAUCGUUGACUCGUCGGGGAUCCUCCGGGUGGAGCGCAGUAGCACCCUCCGCUUUGACACGCGCUGCUUCAUUCGUCGCUUGACGCUCUCGAUGAUGAAGGGACGCGGCUCUGGGGCUGAAGAGGUCCAGUCGGUGCAGAUGGUGAAUUUCGUCAAGGACGAGGCCAGAACUGCUUUACCAGUGCCGCGCAAGAACCUCCUGCCUGGACACGUCUACAUCUUUGCUGUCUUCAGGAGGGACACGGACACAAUUGUCUUGGAGGUCGCUCGGAUGCCGCACUCCGAAUUCCACGCCCUCGUCACUCCGAAGAAGGGUAGGAAGCACCGCUCCUAG